AGCAAGCCUAUGAAAUAAUAACCAGUUCUGACCCGAUUCUUCAUGCAGAACAGUGAAGCAUAGGAAGACUCCCCACAGCCCAGCAGGAGUUGGUGUCAUUUGAAGACGUUGCUGUAGACUUCACCUGGCAAGAGUGGCAGCACCUGGAUGUUGUUCAGCAAAACCUCUACAGAGAUGUGAUGCUGGAGAUCUACAGCAGCCUCAUGUUCUUGGGGAACUGUAUGACCAAACCAGAUUUGAUCUUCAAGUUGGAGCAUGGAUUUGCACCAUGGUGUGUAGUAGAAGGCUCAAUUCAGAGGCUUCCAGAAUUAAAAAAUCAACAGAAAAUCCCCUGGACAAAGACUGAUGAUUUUAAUCAAUGCCAGAAUGCUGUUUACCACAAUUUAUAUCCCACUUGUUAUCAAGGAGCAAACACAGGUGAUAAUCCAUAUGAAUGUAGAAAAUGUGGAAAAGCUUUCUUCUUCAAGUCACAUCUUACUAUCCAUCAGAGAAUUCAUAAAGGUGAGAAUCCAUAUGAAUGUAGUGAAUGUGGGAAAGCCUUCAUCUCCAAGUCACAUCUCAUUGAGCAUCAGAGAAUUCACACAGGUGAGAAGCCAUAUGAAUGCACCGAAUGUGGGAAAGCCUUCAUCUCCAAGUCACAUCUCACUAGGCAUCAGAGAUCUCACAAAGGUGAUAAGCCAUAUGAAUGUACAGAAUGUUGGAAAGCCUUUAUGUCCAAGUCAUAUCUCACUAUGCAUUACAGAACUCACACAGGUGAGAAGCUCUAUGAAUGUACUGAAUGUGGGAAAACUUUCAUGUCUAAGUCAAUUCUCACUACCCAUCAGAGAACUCAUUCAGGUGAGAAACCAUAUCAAUGUAAUGAAUGUGGGAAAGCUUAUACCUUCAAAUCACAACUCCUUUAUCAUCAGAGAACUCACACAGGUGAGAAACCAUAUGAAUGUACUGAAUGUGGUAAAGCCUUCAAGUCCAAGUCAAAGCUCAGUACCCAUCAGAGAACGCACACUGGUGAGAAGCCAUAUGAAUGUACUGAAUGUGGGAAAGCCUUCAUGUCCAAGUCAAUUCUCACUACCCAUCAGAGAACUCACACAGGUGAGAAGCCAUAUGAAUGUACAGAAUGUGGGAAAGCCUUCAUGUCCAAAUCAAUUCUAACUACCCAUCAGAGAACUCAUUCAGGUGAGAAGCCAUAUCAGUGUAAUGAAUGUGGGAAAGCCUUCAUGUCCAACUCAUAUCUCACUAUGCAUCAGAGAACUCACACAGGUGAGAAGCUGUAUGAAUGUACUAAAUGUGGAAAAGUCCUCAAAUUCAAGUCACAACUCCUUUAUCAUCAGAGAUCUCACACAGGUGAGAGACCAUAUGAAUGUACUGAAUGUGGCAAAGCCUUCAUCUAUAAGUCAAAGCUCACUAUGCAUCAGAGAACUCACAAAGGUGAGAAACCAUAUAAAUGUACUGAAUGUAGAAAAGCUUUCAUCUUCAAAUCACAUCUCAUAAUUCAUCAAAGAACUCAUUCAGGUGAGAAGCCAUAUCAAUGUAAUGAAUGUGCAAAAAGAUUCAUUACAAAGUCAGAUCUUAGGAAACAUCAGAUAACUCAUACAGGUGAGAAGCCAUAUGAAUGCACUAAAUGUUGUAAAACCUUCUUCUUCAAGUCACAUCUCACUUAUCACCAGAGAACUCACACAGGUGAUAAACCAUAUGAAUGUACUGAGUGUGGUAAAGCCUUCAUCUAUAAGUCAAAGCUCACUACACAUCACAGAACUCAUACAGGUGAGAAACCAUAUGAAUGUACUGAAUGCAGGAAAGCUUUCAUCUCCAAAUCACAGCUCACAAUUCAUCAGAGAACUCAUUCAGGUGAGAAGCCAUAUCAAUGUAAUAAAUGUGGGAAAGCAUUUGUUUCAAAGUCAGGUCUUAGUAAACAUCAGAAAAUUCAUACAAGUAGUAAGCAAUAUGAAUGCACUAAAUGUGGCAAAGGGUUCAUCUUCAAUUCACAUCUCACUUAUCAUCAGAGAACUCACACAGGUGAGAAACCAUAUAAAUGUACUGAAUGUGGUAAAACCUUCAUGUACAAGUCAAACCUCACUAAGCAUCGGAGAACUCACACAGAUGAGAAACCAUAGGAAUCGUGAGAAGCAAUAUGAAUGUCCUAAAUGUGGUAAAAGCUUCAUCUCCAAGACAACUCACACAAGUGGAAAGCCGUAUUAGUGUACUGAAUGUGGGAGAGCUUGUCUUGCCAUGUCCAAUCUUAAUGUUAUCAGAGAAUUGAUACAAGUGUGAAGCCAUUUGAAUUUAAUGCAUGUGCGAAACCUAUUGCUAAAUAAAUUUUAAUAAACAUCAGAGAACACAUAAGUAGGAAUCCAUAUGAAUAUACUGAGUGUGGGAACGCUUUCAUCUUCAAGUCACAGCUCGCUAUGUAUUGGAUAAUUCACAUAGGAAAGAAACCAUAUGAAUAUAACAAAUGUGGAAAUAUAUUCACCUCCCAGUGAUUAUUAAUGUAAUGAAUGUGAGAAAGCUUUCUGCCUGAAGUCACAACUCAGUCCUAAAUAGGUGGAAAGCCAUGUGAAUGUACUAAAAGCAAUAAAAGCUUUUUUUAUGAAGUUGUAAGUUACAAAUUCUAAGAGAACUCACAAAGGUGAAGAGUUUAAUGUAAUUAAUUUGAGAAAGAUUUCUUGUGGAAGUCUAACCAAAUUCUGUAUUAGAAAAUUAACAUGGGAGAGAAACCAUAGAUCACAGAUCACUGUGCAUCAGAGAACUCACAAAAGUUAGAAAACAUAUAAAUGUAAUGAAUGUGCAGUUUUUUAUCCUCAGUCACAGCCUGCUAUAUAUAUGAGAGAAUUCAUAUAAGUUAGAAACCAUAUUAAUAUAAUGAAUGUUGAAAUCCUGCAGAUAACAUUCAUGAAUCUGAAAAGGCCAUAAACUUUAUUCUUUUAUUCAUAGCUUAAUGAAUUUCUGAAAACAUACAGAUUUUCUUUUUUUUUUAAAUUGGUUUGGGAAAGUAUAUGAAUUGAUUUAGGAAUUUGCACUUGAGAACCCAUGCAGGGAUGUAACCAAAGCUUAAUGGCAAUUGUGAUGUUUGAAAAGCUAAAAGCAGAAUAAAAUAUGUGGUAUAAGAAAUUUUGACAGUAGUAUUUUGAGUGUUGACCACUUGGUGUGUUGUGAACAUUACCUAGCAAAUGGAAGACUAGUGAAUGUAAAAGUAAUCGUGUUUUGCUGUCUGGAAGAGGACAUUUGAGUAGUUUUGAAUUUCUAGACAUAGAACCAUUGUUGGCUACAACUGCAACUCAACUCAUGAAAAGAUUUCUACCUGUGAAGAUGGGAAUCCUGAGAUGUAUUAGAACAGUAUAUGAGAAAUGCUGGUCAGUUUUAAAAUAGGAUAGGACUGUAAUAAAAAUACAAAAGUUACUGUUCUGUUAUGGUCAAUCCCCUUAAUUGCUUUUGCAGUUAGAACAAAGGCAGGAAAGAGGGGUCAAGAUGUACACAAAAUCUUAAGAUUGCCACUUUGAAACUAAGGGAAGUUUUGAAAUUCUUGAAGGGAAACCCUAUCAGGUCAAAAAUGGAGCUGGGAUGAGGAAAAAUAUGUCAGUGUUUGGGAAUUGCCACCAAGGAAUGUUGCUCAUGCUAGCAUAGUUUGAUUACCCCAUAAAGCUAACAUUCAUGGCUGUGGGGGUUAAAUUUGGAGACCAGAUUUUUUUUUUUUUAUCCCAAGGAAAAGCUACAGGAUUUGAAAUUAGUCUUGCUUAUUUCCCUGAUUUGUUUCAGUUAUUUCCUUGCUACACCUUUUUGCCAGGGGAAUGUUUAUUCUGUGUCAUCAUAUUUUGGAAAUAAGUAACUACUUUGUGUUAACAAGGACAAAAGUUAAUAGACUUUCGGGCAUCAGUUGAGAUGUUGGAUUUUUGCCUUUUGAGUUGUAUUAUAUUUUUAAAGACUAUGUAGACUUUUAGAGCAUGCUGAAUACAUAUGUAAUCAUAAAGUAGUCAUGGGUUUAUGUGGGUCAGGGGUAAAAUUUUGAUGUUUGAAUAUAAAGUUUCUCCUCUAGCCUCAUGUUUUUGUUCAAUUCAGGCUAGCCUGGAAUUCACUAUGUAGUCUCAGGAUGGCUCCUAACUCACAGUGAUCUGUCUACCUCUGCCUCAUGAGUGCUAUAAUUAAAGGCAUGUGCCACUAUGA